AUUUUUCUAAAUAGUAGAACCGAAUUGCCCACCUCUGACCUAUUAAUCGUUAAUGCCGUGCUCGAGAAAAAGAUCGGUAUUAACGAAAGAAAAUUGAAUGCUGGUGCACUGGUGUAACGUAUAAAAGAGGAGGAGGAGAAGGAAGAGGGGGAGGAGGAGGACAAGGAGGAAGGGACUCGAGGCCCCUUGAUAUGUCGGCAGAGAUGAGCAACACGGUUCUUCCACCUUUUGUUCAAAGGCUGAAAGGCAGAGUAGCCAUAGUGACUGGUGCAGCCGGUGGGAUUGGCCUAGCUGUAGCCAAGCUCUUCCAUCGCCAUGGUGCCAAGGUAUUCAUUGCUGACAUCCAGGACGAUCUUGGCCGGCAUGUUUGCAGUGAAUUGAGUACAAAAGAAGAUCACGUCGCCGAGUAUGUGCACUGUGAUGUGACCAAGGAAGAUGAUAUUCGCAGAGCCGUUGAUACAGCAGUCAAGGUGCAUGGGAGGCUUGAUAUUAUGUUCAGCAAUGUGGGCAUUGCAGAAACUAACUAUCCCAUGCCUAGUUUGGUGGACUAUGACGCAUCCAAAUUUGAUGGAAUCAUGAAUGUGAAUGUAGUUGGUAUGUUUCUAGCUGCCAAGCAUGCUGCAAGGAUAAUGAUCCCAGCAAAGCAGGGCAGCAUAAUCCUGAUGGCAAGCUGUGCCUCACUGAUGGCUGGACUUGGUGGCCAUGGCUAUUGCACCUCAAAGCAUGCAGUAGUGGGACUGACCAAGAGUUUGGCCACAGAACUGGGCAUGAAUGGGAUCCGAGUGAACUGCAUUUCACCAUAUGUCAUGUUCACACCCGGCUCAAGCCGCUUGAUGGGACGUGAUGAAGCUGAGAUUCACAGUUGGGCUGAUCAGUUUGCAAACUUAAAAGGGCUAUCUCUUAAGGUAGAUGACGUGGCAGAAGCUGCACUCUAUUUGGCUGGUGAUGAGUCCAAGUACAUCAGCGGACACAACCUUGUUGUAGAUGGAGGGUUCAGUGUCUCUGAUUCAGCUUGUAACUCAUUCAGGGUAACUCCCUGAUGGAGGGUUUAGUGUGUCCCUUUGACAAUCUUAGCCUGUACUGUUUCAUAGGCUGUAAUAACUCAUAAACACGGGCGUUUGUUGUUAAUGCAUGUCAUGUUCAGUAUGGUUUCACAUUGUUAUCGAGUCUAACUCUGUUGGAGACACAGAGGUAAUGCAAACUAUUGUGAAAGGACAAUUUAGAGUGGGGAAAUUAAUAACCUCAGCAUGAAUAAUCACCAUUUAAUUUCUUUGUGUCUCUCCUUGCGCAAGCUAAAGCUGGGCAGAACUGCCUGUUCAAAUCCA